AUGAAUAGCAGCAUACAAAGUACUGGUAUAGAAGAUGAGAAACUCCAUCGGAAUGAGAAUCAGUACUUUGUAGCCGUAUCCUCCACACUCCUCUCCUCUCCUCUCCUCUCCUCUCCUGCGUACAGCUUGGUAGUACUCGAAGAUGGCGAUUAUGGAUAUGUACUACAGUCUACAGACUACUCAAUCAAUCCCAUCCCUUCCCUUCCCUUCCGACAUCCGACUUGGAAUUUUGUGAUUCGCAGUCCAAGCCCAAAGGGUGGAUUUGUAUGUUUUCACAAAGGAAGAUUUUCUUCCGACUCCGAACGAAAAGAAACAAUGAAAAAGAAAAGAAAAGAAAAGAAAAGAAAAGAAAAGAAAAGAGACGUACGAGCCGUCCGCUGUCAAACGUGA